AACCAAUGUGUCCGACGCUACAACAAAAACACGCGGAACUUGCCAAUUGAAAAAAGAUCAAAACUAAUACAUGUGUACAUGUACAUUAAACACUUGAGGACAGGAUGGCGGGAGGAAGGAGCGAGUCCGGUAAAAGUGAUCGUUUGUCGUGGCUUACCAAAGACAAUGAACCGGAUAAAAACUCUACAGCCAGUGCCCGUGCCAAUAUUUAUGAGAAAUUCAAAUUAUGGGGACUACUUUCUGCUUCGGAAGCCGAUAAAGCCGAGAGAUACUACACAAGGAAGAUGACAGACACAUUUGUAAUAACUGGAACUCGUCCCCCAUCAUCUACAGGUAGUCGACCUCGCAGUGGAUAUCGCAAAGUCAGCAAUACUGCAGAAGUUGAUGAAACUCUUUUUAGAUCUCAUAACUUUACCCAACAUCAUGACAGUCCAAGGAAUGAUUUUUCUUUGCAAUCAAAAACUCCAAAAGAUAAAAAGCGAGGACCACCAUUGAUUUGGGCUCCUAGUUCCACUGACCCAAAGCCUAGCAAUUACCAUAAUAUAAAAUCUCGCAUCAAUCACUCUCAUGAGUCCCAGAAGUAUAGAUUUCACAACCACAAACCUACAUUUGUUGAUGAAACCUUGUUCGGACCUAAAUUGGAAGAGCCUUCAUUUGAGGCUCCUUGGGCAGAAAAGAAAAAGAAACCUACCCCAUUGCAUUGGUCACCUCCAGAAUUUUCAACACGACAAAUGACUCAAGCUAGUUCUGUGAUUGAACCAUAUUCUUUGGAUGGAAGGCCUCCUUCUAGGCAAGGAAGGCGACCUGCUAGCACUAGAACCAGACCAUGUACUGUGGAAAGUGUGUCAAGUGCUAAGUCUUAUUGGAAGCCAUAAUUCUGUUAGCCAUAUUUUAACCAACUGUUAGGUACAUGGGAUUUCCCUAAUUAUACACAACUGCACUUUGUAUACUAAGCAUAUUAUAUUUUCAACAAAAUGUGAACUACAGAUGAUGAAAUAAUUGGCAAUGUUGAAUUUUCAUGCUUACAAAGUUUAUGUAUAUUGCUAAUGAAUCUGUGACAAUAUACAGUCAGAGUGAUUGAUGAUGUCAAAUAUUGAUAAAUGGAAAAAUGUAAAGCUUGCAUAUACAGUAUAUAUCUAGAUCAUGCAACCUUUAAAAUUUUAUUUGCCCUCUUCUGACAAACUGUUCUGUGGCUCACUACAUCUUGAAAUAGUUUCUCAGCAGAAAAUUACUUGAUAAUGAUCAUGACUAUUAUGAGUCAAAUAGGUGAAAAAAUAUGCAAUUUUGAAUUUAAAAAAAUUCUGAUUUUCAAAUAUUUAAUUUACUAAAUCCCCAGGCCGAUUCAAACUCAUAAUCCUCGGUUCACAAUCCCAAUACUUCAGCCUCUGAGCUAUGAUGAUAUUCAACCAAAACGAUUGAUAUAAAGUAAACAAUUUAACAAAGUAUUUGUUGAUGAAUCACCAUCUAGUGAUGUUAUGUAUUGACUUAAAGAGGAUAGUUCUUGAUGUAGUGAGGGCUCUAAAUUUUUGGUCAUAAGAUAGGAAAAUAUUUUUGUAAGUUACUUGAAAAACUAAAAUUAUAACUGUUCUAAUGUAGUAAAACAUCUGUUAAAAAUGCUGAUGCCUUGAAUGCAGAAAAUUAUGUUAUCGUUAUAAGUGUCGGAACAGGUAAGGUCUAACUUUUUUUUGCAAAGUAAGACCUUACCAUUAGGUACGUAGGAUCAUAGAGGGUUCAGCCCCCUACCCCCCCCCCCCCACCCCCACUUUUUCUUGUUCUUGCAGCAAAGAUAAAAGUUCCUAAAUUUACCUUGAAAAGAUUGAAAUAUCGAGAAGUUGGAGUAAUUGGUAUACUAGCCCCCCCC